CUCCGCUGGAGUUUGUCAGUGUGUUUGUGUCUAUUGCUGCACGUGCACGCUUGUAUGUGUGCAAGCCCACUCAUGGCAGCGGACUAUGACGGUUCGUAGAUUUGACAGCUAGCUCAAUGCGGGUUCAGACGUUCAUUAUACCGCGACCGAUGUAAUUUUCGUGAAAUAUUUGUCAUCGUUAAUACGUGUGACAAAGACGUGAUCGAAGAGUGUUGUGACGCGACAUCGAAACAGUGAUAGAGAUAGAGGACAAAUUUACCCGCGAACUUGAACUUGGUUGGCCAAUUUGAAAAUGUCCGAAAUGUAGAUUGAUUUGUGACAUGCCCCAUCUCGAGGAGUUUUUACGAUGCUUGUAAUUAGAUGCGGCUCGUUGGACAUCAUUCCGGGGAAUAUCAGUAUGAUUAAGAAAUUGUUUGUGGUUUUGUGGUGUCGAAUGGACAUAACGAAUGUAAACUCGUUAUUCGUUGAAUGCAAAUAAACUGAAUCAAUUAUGACAAUUUAGUAUAGAAUAUCACUAUGAGGUGAUAAAUGUAGAUAGGUAUAAACAAUAUAAACACUUUACGUUCGUGUCAAGCAAAGUGAUUCUUUAUAUAUUUUAAAAAAGUGUUAUUUAUUAACAAGUGAAUAAUGACAUGAUUUAAAAGUGCAAUGUUGUAAAUAUGGACACUGAAAAUUGUAAAAUUAAGUAAAAUUUAUUUUGGAUACAUUACUGAUACGUCGAGGAACUGAUGAGGAGACACCGUCCGUUGGCACAUCGUGAACCCCCAGUGUACACAUCGUUCGCUGCCGUGUAGUGAAUGGAAUCCGAAGUGUUUGUGUAGUGACAUAACGGUGUUAGUGUCGGCCCUUGAGGCCGAGAAUCUGCAACGGAAGAUACGGACGCGAGCCGCGCGGGCUGUGGGCCCGCGAUGAGCGCCAACAACUGCGACAGCAUGACAUAUUUCUCUUCCGCGUACAUGCCAGACAUGAGGAACGGAGGUGGUCAUGAGCACCAGCAGGCGCACGCGCACUACGGCGCAGUGCCACAGCAAGGGCAUGAUAUGGAGGGCUGCGAACAGCAAAUGAGGCCGGCGCAGCAUCAUUAUCCCGCGCAACCAGCGCCGGGUAUGCCAUACCCUAGGUUUCCGCCGUAUGACCGGUUGGGAUAUUACCAGCAAAUGGAACAAAAUGGGUACCGGCCAGAUAGCCCGACUCAAAUGGGCCAUAUGGGUCCAAAAUCAGACGGGUAUGGCCCGAAUGGACACCAACCACCGACGCCUGCAGUCUACACGUCGUGUAAGCUUCAAGCGGCGGCGGCGACAGCAGGUGGAGUGCCUGGCAGUCCGCCACUGGAGCAAGCGCAGCAAAUGCCGCACCAUAUGCACCCCCAACAGCACAUGGUGCAGCAUGGGGUACCCCCACACCAACAGCACCUUAUGUACCCAGUGGAUGACAUGCAGCAUCAGACGCAAAUGCCACCGAUGCACCAGCAAUCGAUACAUGCACAGCAACCCCCUCCACAACAGCCCCCGCCGAACACUAACGCGUCGCUGCCGAGUCCUUUAUACCCCUGGAUGCGGAGUCAAUUUGAGAGGAAGCGAGGACGUCAGACGUACACCCGCUACCAGACGCUGGAACUGGAGAAAGAGUUCCACUUCAAUCGCUACCUGACGCGGAGGAGGCGGAUCGAGAUUGCGCACAGUCUUUGCCUGUCGGAGCGCCAGAUCAAGAUCUGGUUCCAGAACCGGCGCAUGAAGUGGAAGAAAGACAACAAGACCAAAGGCGAGCCAGGGUCUGGAGACGAGCCCGAUAACAUGAGCCCGCCCACCUCGCCGCAAUAAGGCCUCUAGUUUAGUUCACGGUCCAAACAAAGGAUCUCUUCGUUUCAGAUUACAAGGAAAUUGGUUUCCGUGUCCAUUUAGUUUCCGCGUAUCGUUGACUUGCGUUCGAUGGAUGAUUCGGCGUUGCGCGUCCGCGUAGAUACGGUGAAUCUGGAACUGUCGAUCCGAGACCGGUCACUAGAACAGUUUCAUUUGUAUAAAUUGUAUGUUGGACUUUUCAUGAUAAUAUUACAUUAUAAACUAAUACGUAACCUAGUGAUUUGGAAUAAAGAAUAAUGAUAGUGUGAUGGAGAUUUUUACAGUUGUUAAGUAUAAAUUAAUUUAUAGAACAAUCUCAAUACCAAUAAUUACCAAAAACGCAGUAUAUAAUGAUUAGUAAACUGCAUCGACAUUUAUGUGAUUAUAUAGCUGGAUAAUUAUCAUUUUGGAAUAAUUCAAUCAUUUUGUAAUUGGUCAUUGUAUUCAGAAAUUUUUUGACAAAGUGCUUGAUGUAAUUAUUUAUUUCGUGACAAAUCGUUUUCUCCAUACCAAUUUAAUUUAUUUCAACUUAAUUUGUUACUAUUUCUUUAAAAUAUAAGGUUGAUUUGGUGUUAAGCACUUUGUAAAGAAAUUAGCAAAAAUAUACUUCCCUAUACUUAAUUUUGAAUCACAAAACCAUAAGGACCUCUUAUAAUUAACCAUUGAUAAGAAGGCAAUUAGUAUCCAUAUUGUUAUUAUUUAAUAUAUUUGAUGUUUUAUUUCUAAUUAAGCUAUCGAGAUACUAUUCUGUACAUACAUACCUACAUAAUAAUUUUUAGAAUUUAUAAUGUACAAUUGUUUUAGUGUGAAUAAUUAUAUUCGAGAUUAAUUUGUGAAACAACGAUUAGUUUCGUGUUCUGGAUACGAGUGUUUAUUUUGUGGAUCUUCUCUGAUUUUCACUUUUGGUUCAUAAUAAUUUGUAGUAUGGAAAGGCCAGUUAAACAAGUGCAAUGUAUACGAUUUUUCGAUGACACAUAUACGUAAUUAAUACUGAUAAUAACGUCAUAGGAAAUUUAUUAUAAUUAUAAAAUGUUACGAGAAUGAAAAAUUAUCGUUUAGAAAAUACAUAUUGAGAUUUCGAUUAUUCUUUGAUAAACUUCUAUUACAAUGACAAAAUGAAUGUUGUGCCAUUCAGUGAGGUGAAAAUAAUUUAAAAGACAACUCGGAUUGAGACACUGGAUAUGAAGUUAAUGAUGUUGAUAAUAACGAAACAAAGGUUACCUUCGAACUUGUAGGUGCAGGUAGAGAUAUUAUUUGAUUCUUACGGAUGUGUAAAGUAGGUACACAGUAUACCAAAGUUAGAGAAUAAAAUGCCGGUUGUUCAAUGUUCAUGUAACGACGAACCUUUGUCAGGCUACAAUUAGCUCGUAUAAAAUAAUAUCGAUGCUGAUUGUUCCUCUUUACCACUUCGUUUUAUUGAAAGGUAUUUUUAUAAAAUCAUUGCCUAUGGUAAACCGAUAUACGUAAAAUUAUCGAACAUUUAUAUUUUACUCGUAACACGAUGUUUUUACGAAAAUAUUUAAAAAAAAAAGGAGAGGGAGAAAUUAAGAAGGUUGAACUUUCAUCAGGAUUCGCGUUAUACGUUUUUCGUAUUAAUGUAAACUAUUUGUAAAUUAUUACUCUUUUUUUUCACAUAGAAUGUAAUUAGCGAAUGUUUACUAAGAACUCAAUGAGCCGGCUUCAGUUUAUAAAUAUUAUGUUUUAUUUUAUUUUGUGCUGUGUUCGUUAAGUGAAUGUAAAUUGUAAUAAUUGUAUAUUGUCAAUAUUAUUCAAUAUUUAUUUAUUGAUUUGCUUAAUUAGGUUCGCUUUCAUGUACUUCGUUUUUAAACUGAUCGAGUAUUUAUUACUUGAUUACUGUCUGGCUGGGAUGUAUUUUUUAUGAUUCUCAUUUGAAUUUGCUCAAACAUCUCACGUUUAUGUUGUACAUUUUUUUCUAGCAAUAAGAAUUGUUUUAUAUUGUGUAAAAUUGAAACUAUGAAACGUAUUUGUAAUGGAUGGUAUUUACAAUGGUGGCAUAGAUUAUAUUAUAUUUUGUUGAAAAAUCAUGUGCAAUCUUAACUAAAAUGAAGUACUAGGAAUCCCUUGCCAGAUAGAAACCUCGACUUCUAUAUGAUUUGUUAAAUUCACAUAUUAGGCUUGCAAAGUUCAAAUUUAGUUUCGGUUAAGUAUAUCUACAACUGUCCCCGAACUUUUCAAAAUUAGAACUGUAGAGAGAAAUGGGAACCUAAUUUGAUGGAUAUUAUUUACCAUUUAUGUCCUAUCGAUUCAAAAUUUAUGAGAUAUAACUAUAAUUAGUAACUUAUUAAGGUUAGGCGAGACGAUAUUGUCAUAAAUAUAUAAAUACAUGAAAUUAAUAAAGCAUAAUGAUUGUA